AGCGCGAGGGGAAAAGCAAGGCAGCAGCAUUGGCCGAUCAGAAGAAGGCGAGUGGUCCUGUGAAGGUGUCCGUGGUGGGCAGUAGUGGCGGAAAUCAGGCUGGAAACUCUUCGAAAGUUUGGCGGCGGGAGAGAAUUGAAAUGACUGAGCCGGAAUUGGACGACAUUGCCUUCCUCACAGGCACAGGAGAGGCGCCGAGCGUGAGGAAAAACCGCGAUGGCGUCGCAAUGUGCUCGCAGAAGAAGGCGAUUUGUGUCACGGCCAUCGUGAUGGGAGCCCUCGUGGCCACUGCGCUCAUCAUUGCCUACGCUGGACCGCAAAAUGAGUGUCCUUGUGCGGGGAAGAUGCCUGCCGACUACUUUCUCAACAAGUACAACAACUCCGAGCCCUUCAACCCCAUCGCCACCAACGGGCAGCCCUUCCCGUGGCUGCAGCUGGAGCUGCCGACGGCCGUGCGGCCGCUGCGCUACGUGCUCACCAUCCAUCCCAACCUCACGAAUCUGGACGUGAAGGGACAGGUGACGGUGGAGUUCCACGUGGAGCGCGAGACGAGCUUCUUGGUGCUGCACUCGCAGGAUCUCAACAUCACGGAGAGGGCGAUAAUUGGGCCGAAGGGAUUCGCCCUGAAGAUCAACCGGCUGCUGGAGUAUCCGCCGCGGCAGCAGCUGUAUCUGGAGGUGAAGGACAAGCUGCGCAAGAAGGUCAACUACACGCUGAAUCUGCGCUGGUAUUCGAAACUGGUGCCGGAUCCGGAGGGCUUCUACGUGGAUGCGUUCAGCGACGAGACCGGCGCCAGGCGCAUCCUCGCGGCCACGGUGUUCAAGUCCGGCGGCGCCCGGAAGGCGUUUCCCUGCUUCGACGAGGCGCACUUGCGGGCGCCUUUUCGCAUCUCCGUGUUCCGCGAUCGCUUCCACAUCGGCCUGUCCAACUCCAUUGUCCAUGCCACGGACGACGUGGGCUUCUACAUGGGCACUGGGCUGCUGCGCGAUGACUUUUUCGAGACGCCGCCCCUGCCGCCUGACGCCGUGUCGUGGGUCGUGAGCGAUUUCCAUCGCAGCACUCUCGAGGCGUCUGCAACAUAUCAAACGGUGCGCACGACGCCGGCCACGGUGGCCACCACGAGCCGGCCGGCGGAUCUCAGGACUGACAAGAGGCCUAUCAAGAGCAAGUCCAUCCUCAUCAAGUCCCUCCACAUCCUGCCGCCCAUCAACAGGACGAAGACGCCACCGCCGGAAGCGGAGCACCGCAACAGCACGGAGAACGGCACGAUCAGUGACACGGGAGAGAUCGUCACGGCGCCCACGUACACCUUCUACGCCGCCAAGGACCUGCUGGAGAAGAGUGACUUCCUGCUGCACACGUCGCGCGACGUGCUGGAGUAUCUGCAAACGUGGCUGGGAACGCCUUAUCCGCUGACCAAAUUGGACUUUGUCGCUCUUCCCUCACUCGAGGAGGACAUCAUGAGCAGUCUUGGCCUUAUCACGAUCCGAUCGUCCUUUCUGCAUGACUUUGACUCGCUGCAGACCAAGGAGUAUCACCUGGCGACACUCAAAGUGGCCGAGGCCAUCAUCAAGCAGUUCUUCGGCGGCGUGACGUCGCCACAGGUGUGGAAGCACAACUGGCUGUGGCAGGGACUGAUCAAGUACUUGGGACGAUCGGUGCUGUGCCAAUUGCAGCCGCAGUGGCCGCUGGACGAGAUGCAUCUCAUGGAGACGACCAUGAAGUCUCUGGAUGUGGACGCCAUUGAGGGCUGGGCGAGUGUUCUCGACGGCAGUCGCGAUGAUGGGAACAAUGAGGACUUCUAUGUGGACAAGUCAGCCGCGAUUCUCGCCAUGCUGCAUUAUGCGCUCGAGGAGAACAACUUCAGGCUGUGUCUGGGCGGAUUUCUGCACGCGCACAGAUUCCAGACGGCCGAACCGACUGAGUUGUGGACAAUGUGUGGGAAGCAGAUGAACAACACGAAGAACAUCAAGGAGAUGAUGCAUCUGUGGACGUCCCACUCGGGAUUUCCGCUGGUGACUGUCGGUCCGAUUGAGGGUGGAAACUUCACAAUCUCCCAAAUGCCCUUCGCGCCCGCCGAAUUCCACGCCAUCACCGAUGAAUCACUGCUGCCGCACAAUCUGUCCAGCACCACAACGACCACAACCACACCAGCACCCGUGAAUGCCAAGAGAAUCAUCUCCCAAUGGAUCUUCCCCGUGAGUUUCGUCACGAAUCUCAACAAAACCUGCCCACAAACAGUCUGGCUGCACUCGAAUCAGACCGAAAUCCAUCUGGAUCCCAGCGUCACGUGGAUCAAGCUGAACACUGGCCAGAACGGAUACUACAGGGUUCUCUAUGCGGACCAGAAUUGGAAUAAUUUGAUAGAUGAGCUGAAGAAGAAUCACAGAGCUUUCACGGCGAACGACAGAAUUGGCCUCGUGUCUGAUGUAUUCACGCUGUGCCACGCGAGUCUGAUGCCCUGCACAAUCACGAUGAAUCUCAUCACAUACUUGCCGAAGGAGGCCAAUUGGGGCCCACUCACCACCGGCCUGAAGCAUCUGGAGCAGUGGCGGAAGAUCCUCAAGUACUCUGAGUGCUUCUUCUUGCUGGCGGAGUUCGUCAGAGGCAUUCUCACGCGCUCCAUCGCUGGCUUGGGGUGGAAGAACAACGGCACAGAUUCUGCAAAACUCUUGAGGCCUGAAGUGCUUCAGGCGUCAGUUCUGUGGGAGGAUAUGGACGCCAUAAAGCAAUCGAAGCAGAUUCUGCACUUGUAUCUGACCAAUGGAACGGAAAUUCCGUCUAAUCUGAGGGAAGUCAUCUACACUGGAGCCGUCCUGUCCGGGGAAUUUCAGUACUGGCAAUAUUGCUGGGAUCGCUUCAAUGUUCUCCUGAGCCAGAAUGAGGGUGACGAAGAGAGAAUGGAGCUGCUGCGGGCGCUUGGGGAGACCAAAGAUGCCUGGCUCCAGAAUCGUCUGCUGUCGCAAGUGAUCACGCUGCCGUCGGCUGAGCUCGUGCAGGUCCUGCAGGUGAUCGCCGGCACGCCGACUGGCGGUGCCAUGGCGUGUCGCUUCCUGCAGGCCAAGUGGAAUGAUUUGCAGGCCAAAUUGGGCGCCGGCAGUGAACAGUUCGCCCAAGUAAUCACGGCGAUCACGCAAUUCGGCGCCACGAAGUUUGACUAUGAAGAGCUGAAGUCUCUGGUGGAGAGAUUCGGCUACGGUCCUGGCAUGAGAGUCCUCAACAUGACGCUGCGCAGCGUGGCCACGAACGUCGAGUGGGUGAGUCGAUCACAACGUGAACUGUCCUCCUGGCUCGAGGCCUUCGAGCACGCGCAAUAAUAUCAUUCCUGAAUGUCCACAGCGACAGCCUAUUCCAAAAAUGGCGUGGAGCAACUUUAACGUAAUUUUACCAAAAAAAAAUCAUUUCUGUCCUAACAUAGCUAGAUAGUGGGUGAGUGUGUGCGUGUGCGUGUAUAAAGGGUGCGAAAGCAUGAGAAGAGAAUAGCUUGAAAGGGGUUUUUGAGAAGAGAAAAGAAGAAAAGGUAAGAGAAUUUUCGCGGGCGAUGUAAAAUCAACUAAUGCACAAUUAACAUUUUUCUAUAUAAACCUAUUUUGAACAAGUGACAAAAAUGAUAAAAAAAAAUCUUGGAAAAAAAGACAUUUUUGAUGAGGACUUUUGUGUGAAAAUAUGUGUAAAAAUAAGAUGAUAAAGUGAAGCUAGAGAAAAAUAUUUAGCUCUAAUUGAAGAACGAUAUUUAGGAAAAAAGAGAAACAGAAGAGAUAUAUAUUAUUUUUUCCAGAAAAAAAUGUAGUGAAAGAAUCUUGUAAAAGGGAAAAGAAACUUGUAUAAUCGUAAGAAAUUUCCACAAACAAUCUCUGUAUAGUGACAAACCAGAAAAAAGAAACAGCUGGCUUUUCCUUCGGUAUAUAAUAAUAAUUGUAAAAGUCUCCUUGAUAAAGAUCGCGAUUGUAACAUUAAUUUCACGUUGAUUUACUAUUUUGUUUGUUUUUUUUUAACUCACACAGAAGAUGGGAAAUCAUUAAAACCUCAGAGAUCAUUCUAAAGGAUGUAUUCUUAAGCGCAAAAGUCUCUUGUAAUAACACACAUUAAGGAAAAGAAAUAACUAGGAAAGAGCUGUGAA